UUACCACGCCCCCCACCCCUUCCCCUUACCAAGAUGGCGACGCUGGCUCUGCUCGCUCCCUCCCCGCGCGGUUGGUGAGCGGCGCGGAGCGUCGGCGUCGUCCUGGCAACCGGAGCGGAGCGAGCAAUGGGUACGAGGCAGCAGCAGCAGCAGCUGCCUAGCGAUGAGCGGUGGUGUUUCAUGGCCGAGUGGCUGGACCCCCUGGCAGGCAUCACUCGGAAAUUCUCCUUUCGCUACUUCCCCCACGACCGCAGUGUGGAGAUGCUGGAGCUCCGUACCCAGAGGCUCUUCCUGCGCCGCUCCCCGUGCCAGGGACUGGCGCCCAGCCAGGUGGCGCUGGGGGCUCGCCUGCUGGUGCUGGGGCGUGAACUCAGCCUCACGGCCUACGGAGACGCUCACACGCAGAGCCGCCUGUCACUCACUCGCCAGCGGUCGCUGCUGCUGGUGAAACCGCAUGCGGUGAGGUGGCUGGGCGAGGUGGUUGAGGAGCUGAGUCAGCGGGGGCUGCAGGUGACGCGGGUGAGGAUGGUGCAGCUCACCCGGGAGCGAGCUGCUGACUUCAUCUCUGUGGAGCAGCAGCAGCAGCAGCAACAGGAGGAGCAGCAGGAAGAGCAGGAGCAGGGGGCGGCACCCACUCUGGACGAGCUCCUGGUCCAGCUGAUCUCCGGCCCCGCCGUGGCCUUGGAGCUGCAGGGGGAGGGGGCCGUGGGGGUCGUGGCCUCCGCCCUGGGGCCCAGCGACCCCCAGCAGGCGAGGGCCACCAGCCCGGCCAGCCUAAGGGCCCGCUACGGCGUCAGCGGGGCCCUCAAUGUGGGGCACGCGCCACGCGACGUCACCACAGCGCAGCGGGAGCUGGCGUGGUUCUUCCCUGACGAGGCUGGAGCCGGCGGUGAUGCUGGCGGUGGUGGUGGUCGGUUGGGGAACACGGCGCGGCUCGGAGAGGUCACCUGCUGCAUCGUCAAACCGCACGCGCUCGCCACAGGCUGCCUGGGUCAGAUUCUCCGCUCCAUCACACAGGCCGGGUUUGAGAUCUCGGCCAUGGCCACGUUUGUUCUGGACCGAGUGAGUGCUGAGGAGUUCUACGAGGUGUACAAGGGCGUCGUUCCGGACUACGGGGCGAUGGUACAGGAGCUGUGUUCCGGGGUUUGCUUGGCACUUGAAGUGAGAGGCGACGACGCAGUGAGGAGGUUCCGGGAACUGUGCGGUCCCACCGACCCCGAGGUGGGCCGAGUGCUGCGUCCAGCCUCUCUCCGUGCUGUGCUGGGCACCAACAAAAUCCUGAACGCAGUUCACUGCACUGACCUGGUGGAGGAUGGGGAGCUGGAGGUUGAAUAUUUCUUUCGGAUUCUUGACAACUGAACCCUGAUAGUUCAACCAAGAAUCUCACCACCACUCACCACCACUUCCCUCACCACCACCACCACUCACCACUCACCACUUCCCUCACUCCCUCACCACCACCAC